ACACUGGUGACAACUUGAAGAGAAAGAGGCUUCAUCAUGUUGACUCUAGUGCUUCUGUGUGCUGUGAUAACCUCUUACGGGGCACAAGCUUGGGGAACAACAGGGCAGCCAUCAUGUCGUUACAACUGUGGAGCACACUUUGGAAGCUGCUCCUGCAGCAACUCUUGUCAAUACUAUGGCAACUGUUGCUAUGACUACCGAUCUUACUGCAUACAUCCAACACCAGAUGCAACACCAGAUCCAACAUCAGAUCCAACACCACAUCCACCAUCAGAUUCAACAGGUCCAACUCAUUCAGAUCAUUAUUCCUGUCUUUACAACUGCGGGUAUCACCUGGGGGUCUGCUCUUGCUCCAGCUCUUGCCAAUACUAUGGAACCUGUUGCCACGACUACCACUCUUACUGUGACAGUGCCAGCACCCCUAGCCAAACCACAGGGCAACCAUCAUGCCGCUACAACUGUGGGCGCAACAUGGGGUACUGCUCCUGCAGCAGCUCUUGUCAAUACUAUGGCAACUGUUGUAAUGAUUACUACAACUACUGCACCUAUACUACAAGUUUUCCUAGACCUACACCAGAUAACCCUUCAUGUCGCUAUAACUGCGGCUAUUCCUUUAGAAACUGCUCUUGCUCCAGCUCUUGUGAAUACAAUGGCAACUGUUGCAGGGACUACUACUCUUUCUGCUAUUACCAUAGCACCAGCAGCCCAGGAACAAACUGUGGAGGCUCAUUGUCUGGCUCGGGCUCCUUCUCCAGCCCUAACUACCCUUACUACUAUCAAGACAACUCCUACUGUGUCUGGCAGAUUAGGGCAUCAUCUGACCAGAACAUCUAUCUAACAUUCACAUACCUGCAGCUGGAAAACUGCUGCUCUUGUGACUACAUUGCAGUCUAUGAUGGACCAUCUGUAGGGUCUAGGUUCCUGGGAAAAGUAUGUAACGACAGUCAGAGUUCUUUCCACUCCUCCUCCAACUAUUUGACAGUGCUCUUCCGUACUGAUGGCUCUGUGGUAGGACGUGGAUUCAAUGCUCAGUUUACGAGCUCCCUAUCCUCUGGCCUAGGUCGAGUGGACUGCUCUUCAGACAACAUGAACAUUGUGAUCUCCAGGAGCUACCUUAGCUCACUUGGUAUCGACGGCCACAAUCUGUAUUUAAAUGAUCAAUACUGCAGACCUCAUAUCUCCUAUUACAAUGUGGUCUUCAAUUUUCCCAUUAACACCUGUGGUACUGUCCGGGAGUUUGACCACAGCCGAAUCGUGUACACCAAUGCCCUCCGCGCCUUUUCCUCCUCCUAUGGGGAGAUCACUCGUCAGUCUCUGUUCAGACUCAAUGUGAGCUGCAGAAUGGAGCAGGACUCUGUUUCUCAGAUAAUUUAUGAGGUUAAACACCAUGAUAAUGUUAGCAUCUCCGGAUCAGGCCGAUUCAACACUUCAAUGGCCUUCUAUACAUCUAGCAACUUCUACUACAAGGUUACACAAGUGCCAUAUCUAGUGGGGCUAAACCAAAAUCUGUAUGUCCAAGUGAGCCUGAGGCGUGGAGACAGCACCCUAGUGGUCUUUCUGGAUACCUGUGUGGCCUCACCCUCACCUCAUGACUUCCACAGUAGAUCCUAUGACUUGAUUCGCAAUGGGUGCCGUGUUGACUCCACCUUCUACUCAUACUCCUCUGGGACCAGUCCCUAUGCACGAUUCAGAUUCAGGGCCUUUCAGUUCCUGCGUGCCAGUGACCAUGUGUACAUUCAGUGUAAGGUGCUCAUCUGUCCAGCUUCUGACUACAACUCUCGCUGUCGCCGUGGCUGCAGUAGACGAGUGGCCCGAGAAGUGGAGACUGAGCAUGAGAGUGAAACAGUGGUCCUCGGGCCCAUUCAGCGUCAAAAGCUAGAGAAAUGGGCAAAGGAGACUCAAAAGAAGACUAAAGGUUAACUUGAGACUCAAACACUAACCCAUCUCAUAAUUUACAUUCAUCAUCACUACUCCUAAAGCAUAAUUUUACAUCUGAUUAA